AUUAAAAUAUUAAUUUCCGUUUAUGAGUCUCUAAUUUGGCCCUAUUAAAUCUGUGUCUCUUCAUAUAAACUCGGUUUUUUGGUUUUGGUUUUAGUUUGGGAUUUGGCUUUGGCUUUGGCUUUUGGUUUCGGUUUCUUUUCUCACAAUCAACCAUCGUUUUGCUUUUUCACGUAAAACCUUCUCUGUGUCAAAAAGAUCGAAAGCUUCUUGCAUUUCAUUUCCCUUUGGCGUUUGCUUUUCUUCAUUGUUUUUCCUUGCUUUUUCCCUAAUGGUUAUGGAGGAUAACGAGAGCUGUGGGAGUAGAGCGCACGACUCGUUGUCGCCGGCGCAAAGUCGGCAACAGAGGCAGAAGUUUGAGGUCUACAAUGAGGUUCUACGGCGUUUGAAGGAUUCAGACAACGAGGAGGCUAUUCAGCCUGGUUUCGAUGACGAACUAUGGGUUCACUUCAAUCGUCUUCCCACUCGAUAUGCUCUAGACGUAAAUGUGGAGAGGGCAGAAGAUGUUCUCAUGCAUAAAAGAUUAUUGCAAUUUGCUCACGAUCCUGCAAAUCGACCUGCAAUUGAAGUCCGCCUAGUGCAGGUCCAAGCCAUUUCCGAUGAGAAUUCUGCUGACUUUGCUGAUUCGUGUCCUGCAAAAGACACCGAUCAUAAUUCUGCAAAUUUCUUGGGCAGACAGAGCAUACAUCCACCACCUGCCUUUGGGUCAUCUCCUAACCUUGAGGCCUUGGCGCUUGAAGCUAAUAAUGCUCAGGAUCUGGAGGUUGAUCAGUCUGUACAUGCCAGAACACAGUUUUUCCGGCCAAUGCAUGAAAUCACCUUCUCGACAGAUGAUAAACCGAAACUUCUUAGUCAGUUGACUUCCUUGCUUGCGGAGAUUGGGCUGAACAUCCAGGAGGCACAUGCAUUUUCCACUGUUGACGGUUACUCAUUGGAUGUUUUUGUAGUUGAUGGAUGGCCCUAUGAGGAAACAGAGCGAUUGAAGACUGCAUUAGAGAAGGAAGUCUUACAGGUUGAGAGGCGGGCUUGGCCAAAUCAUAAAUCCUCAUCUCCCGUUGGGGAACUCAAUAUAACAACUAAAUGUGAGCCUGAUCGGGUGGAAAUACCCACAGAUGAGACUGAUGUAUGGGAAAUUAAUCCUAGACGUUUGAAGUUUGAGCAUAAAGUUGCAUCUGGUUCAUAUGGGGAUCUGUAUAAAGGUACAUACUGCAGUCAGGAAGUGGCUAUUAAAGUUCUCAAAACUGAACGUGUAAAUACAGAUAUGCAAAGUGAGUUUGCCCAGGAAGUAUAUAUUAUGAGAAAAGUGAGGCAUAAGAAUGUCGUACAGUUUAUAGGUGCAUGUACGAAGCCCCCAAGCUUGUGCAUUGUAACAGAAUUUAUGUCCGGUGGUAGUGUUUACGACUAUCUUCAUAAACAAAAGGGAACUUUUAGGCUUCCAUCUUUGCUCAAGGUAGCCAUUGAUGUCUCCAAGGGAAUGAACUAUUUGCAUCAAAAUAAUAUAAUUCACAGAGAUCUAAAAGCUGCCAAUCUUCUGAUGGAUGAAAAUGAAGUUGUCAAGGUUGCUGAUUUCGGUGUUGCCAGAGUAAAAGCUCAAUCAGGAGUUAUGACAGCAGAAACUGGGACAUAUCGGUGGAUGGCUCCUGAGGUUAUUGAACACAAACCCUAUGAUCACAAGGCUGAUGUUUUCAGUUUUGGAAUUGUCUUGUGGGAGCUGUUAACCGGAAAGCUACCUUAUGAAUUCCUAACACCAUUACAAGCCGCAGUCGGAGUGGUACAAAAGGGUUUACGGCCUACUAUUCCUAAGCACACUAAUCCCAAGCUGGCUGACUUGCUAGAAAAAUGUUGGCAGCAAGAUCCAUCAUGCAGGCCUGACUUCUGUGAAAUUAUCGAUAUAUUGUUGCAGAUAACUAAGGAAGUUGCUGAAGACGGCGACGAGCGACGAAAGGAGAAGAGUGGAGGAUUCCUUUCUGUGUUGAGACGAAACCAUCAUUGAGAAGUGAAAAGAAGUUCGUUGGCAAUUUGACAUUUGUUAGCUCUGGCUAAUUUUCAACCUUCGUCAUGUAUAGUAAUUUAUCAUCCCCCACAAGAUUUUUCUUCUUUUUACCCUUUUCACCUCUCUUUUUUUACCUUUCAUUUAUUUCUUCUAUCAAUUUUCUAACCGAUUAAUUAUUUCCCAUAGUGCCGAAGUUUGAAUUUUGCCCCCCUACUUUAUUUCUUCCAUUAAGGCGUUGAUAGUUGUGAUGAUUCGCAGCUUUUACAAUAACAAUAUUUAGAAACAUUUUAUACAGGUUUUUUUAAUCUC